AUUAGAAUCGACAACAUCGCACGAUUCAUACCACAAUAGUAGACGAAGGAAGAAGAUGAACAACGAGACCUUGRCAACAAUCGCCCGCGAAAACACUUCAUUGGCACUUAGCACGCUUGCGAUUGCAGCGGCCGGAGCUGCAGUCGUUUUUGCGUCAACCGCAAUCUCUCGAAAACCGGAUAWUUCCCAAAACGACAAGCCGAUACCGCUUCCUGUUGCACCAAUUGGUUCGAAAUUCGCGAUACUCCCCAAAUCGGGAGUCACCUUGCGCUACACUGAUACCCAAGAGGAACAAGUCACCGAGAAAGACUCUGGUGAAAGCAGCUCUGAGCAAGUAACUUUCGUAUUGCUCCACGGCUUUGCUGGYUGUGUCGAAACUUGGGAGUUAUUGACUCCAUAUCUCGUUAAAAGCAACAGCACAACUAAUGAAARCGAGGUUGCGGUACGAGUUGUAGCCAUAGAUAUGGUUGGUAGCGGAUUCUCGGACAAACCUAUUGGAGACGACUUUGAUUAUGCCUACCGAAACCAGGGUAAGGUUGUUUCAGAAUUCAUCUCCGUUCUAAGCUUGUCRAACGUUGUGAUUGUAGGGCACAGCUCAGGAACAGUGGUMGGCGCCGCAACCGCGAGCCAACAACAAAGUAAUGAGAGCGGGAAAACCGCGGUCGUGGGGGCUGUGUUUAUGGCAUGUGCGCUGUUCCGUCCAAAAUCAGAUUUUUUUUCCAAAAGCUGGCUCAAGCCUUUGUUYCGCUGGAUGACCAAGAAAAUGAUGGCCAAUCGCAAGCAGAGUUUGGAAAGRAUGCACCUCCCAGCGCAUGCUGAGCGAGUUCUGACCGACGACUUCGUCGAAAAAUUUGCGGCACCCACKAGACUUCCAAAUUUUCACGAUGCGCUGGUAGAAACAGUGAUGGCCAAAGAAGCUCCAUAUGAAGAAUUAGUAGAUGAAUUGAUAAACACGCCGUCAGCUCCGUUCCCAAUGCUAUUUGUUUGGGGGAAACAGGAUACUUAUACACCUCUUCCUGCUGAACAGAAAGACUCAAUUCAGCAAAAACUUGAUACUAUGAACAAGACAUCAGAGCAAGAACGACAACCCAUUGUSGAGACGACAGAACUAGAUGAAUGCCAUCAUUAUCCUCAACACGAGCAGCCCGAGGCCUUAGCGAACGAAAUUUUGACAUUUGUCCAAAARAAYGUAAAACUCCAUUAAGUUUUGAAAUUUAUACUCACUUAYGAUGGCUUUGGUCGUUUGAAUCUUCAUGUGCGAGACCUGCUAUUUUAUCUAGUAAAGUACUUGGUUGCCAAGGGUUCCKCCRAUUGCAAUGGCGAGUGCUGUGGUGAUAGUACAGUUCUUUAUCUUCGUAAAUUUCAAYGACAACCUUAAAWAAURAGGAAUUUGGUUUUGUUCAAAAGAUUUCAGUCAAUUUUUCUACACAAACACAAUAGCAUGAUGCUAAAUUGGAUUCCUGUAUACUGAAAGUGGGCCAAAGUGAAGAAUAUCAAAUACCAAUCUUUUUAGCCUAUUGUAUUUUAUGCUGUUUCAAAAUCAUUUUUACCCAUUCACUGUACUAUUAUUUCUUGACAUUUGUCUAGUAGUUGUACUUGUCUGUCUUCUAGCAUCAUAUUAGUAGUUAAAAUUAAUGGCAGUGGGUACAAUACUAUAUUGUACUAGUACUAGUAGCAAAAAGAAUCAUAAGAACAAACAUUGAAACAUCACCUUCCAAUGCUUCUACCUUGUAGUAGCUAUUGACCUACUCUAAUGUGACCACCAGCAACAACAAUCCAACAGGGUGAAAUGGGAUAUAGUAGUACUAGGAUAUUCUAUUUCAGAUCCUUGUGCUUUUACAGCAAGUCCGGCAAGAAUUCGUUGAUGAGCACCUAACGUGGAAUAUCCUUGCCGCCAGCAUUGAGAAGACAAAUUCUAACUCACCAGAUAAUACAGUUGUUCUAGCAAAACAUAGAAUGUUCUUUCUUCAAAACAUAUCAUGACAGGAGUCCACCAUCCAAUGGUGAGGAGGAGGGGGUAAAUUGCACAUUGCCAUCACUACUACUACUACUAGUAGCAGUACUAGUAGUAGUACUGCAGCAUGACACCAUUGCUCCCCUGUUUGAUUCUGAAAUUGGUUGUCACUUACUAAUAAGAUUGCUUCAGGAGAUAGUAAAAGGGAUACACCAUUGAAACAACCUACUAGCACCACUACUACAGGAGAGGUCGAGAUGUGAUGUUGGUGACAGUAAUACAUCAUAUCAUUUGUUUGCUGUGUCAAUUCUGGCCUCUUUAAAGUGAAGAGGAGCUCUUUGAGGAGGGGUAUUAAUGGCAAUCAACCACCAUUGACAUGGAGACCAUCAGCAACAUAAUUCAGGAAUCCUUAUUCAGCUACCACCAGUACUACUAGUAGUAUUCAUUCAAUUCUGAGCUACUAGAAGCAGAGGGCGGGGGCAGGUAUUGGUAGGAGUAGUAGUAGUAAAUGAUACAGUGGUAGCAGGUUAUAACUACUACUAGUAGUUAUAACCUGAUUCUUUUUCUUCUUGGAGUCCAAACCAGUAUAAGUGAAUUCCUGUUAUCCAGAACAAGCCCAAAUAAUCACCAGCACCAGCAGUGUUUUUGGUGCUACUAGAAUGACUGCUAUGUGAUUGUUACUAAUGAUGUUACAUCAACAGUCAAUUCUAGGAACAGUAGUAGAUUGGAGCCAGAUCUCUGUUAUCACUGCUGAUCCAUGUUGUUCUUCUUUUUUAGUAGCUUCUGUAGAAACAGAUUUUUUCAAUACUAGUACAGAGCUGGUGGCUGACCAGUACUAGUACUACUAGUACCACAUUUAAAAGCUGAUUGUCAGUACUAGUUGUGUCUCUAGUAGUAAAGCAAUUGCCAAAAAUCAAAAUUCUUGCAUUUAUUGGCUCUCCUGUGAUCAAAGUCAUCCUUUUUCAGUCCAAUCAAUGCCUCCUACUAUCUGUAGUCAUAUGUGCAAACUGCAUACUUGCAAAUUUAAUGCUGAGUACUAUUUUAACUCCCUACUAGAUUCUGACAAAUUCAACUGCUGUAUCAAUACCAGCAUGUGCUGCUUGUACAACAACAACAACAACAACAACAAUAUUCAGUUUCAGUUUAUGAAUGCAUCAAAAUAGUAGUACAAGUAGUACUAGUAGCGCAUUCUGCUGGGUUGGAUAAUACCCAUGCCCAAGAAAUUUGGUGGUUUGUCAUUAGUAAGAUCACCAUAAUUCAUUAAUCAAGUCAAUGCUUAUUGAAAUUUUAUAUUACCAGAAGUGAAUCACACCCAUUUUACUACUGCUAGUAGAUAGUAGAAUUGAUGGUACUGGUAUGAUCUUGUGAUGUCAUCUAUUCUUAAUAUWAUUUGCAUUUGUGACAGAGUCACCAGCAUAGCAUAGUAAUAUUGAAGGAUACCAGAUCCACCAUGAGUUGUUCCAAUUCAAUCUUCUUCAUUUCACCAUUCAAUUGAGUGCAAUCACUUGCUGGUUACAAUUUAACAGAAUAACAACAACAACUCUUUUUGAGUUGUAAAGAUCAUGAGUGCUUUCUCAACCAGGCCAAAUACUACCUGGUAGGUGCAAAAAUAAAUUGUUGUCCUUCUUAUCUGAACCAUGUGACACAAUAACACCAAUUUUUGGUGGGACAUCCUCAAUAGUWAAAUCACAGCAAGACUCAACUAGUACUAGAGGAGUAUGUUUUCACCACAUACUACAAAGAAUAAUAGUUCAAGCUCUGUUUUAAACUUAUCAAACUCAAGAAGUUCAAGCCAUCAAUUGUAAGUCCAAGAAUACCCAUUCUACCACACAUUGGCUGGUGGUGUGUAAUCAGGAAAAUUGAAAAUUAUUACUUUCCUUUCUUGUUUAAACUUCCUCAUUUUCAGUUCUCACAAUCUUCCACUACUAAGCUCUUCUUGUUGUAAAUACUCAAUCAAUAAGGCAUAGAAAGCAUGAUAGUAAAGCAUGAUAGUAUAUUCAUUUKGCAGUACCAUAUCAGCACUAGUACCAACAAGAUAAAAGAAGGACUACUACUAGACUGGCACUACUACUUUGCCACUCUGCCUGCAAUUUUAGAACAUCACUCAUAAUAUCAAUGAAUUUGUCAUCUGCUGGACUUCUAUCCUCUAAUGUGAGUUGUAUCUGUAUUGCAAGAAGAAGGAAGCAAGAAGCCAGAUGCAAGUGCAUCUGAAUUAACAUUAUUGCUCCAGCAGCCAUACCAGCACUGGCUUGUGCUCUCCUAUCAACUCCAUAGUAAAAUUUUCUUCUUUUUUGGAGACCUGCCUGAUUGUUCUUGUAAUACUUACAACAGAAACAUCAAGGUCUCUUGCAUUGUUCAAGUCAAGAAGGACACUGGCAGAAAUGAGGAGAUUAUCCAGCUUGAGUGAUGAUCACCACCAAGCAAGAAGCAACAGGACACUACAAUAAAUGAAAAUGGAAUAGUACUUUCUCAACAAACUAGGCCACCAACUUGGUAGACCUGCCUAGUAGUACUAGAACUAAUACUAGUUUUGAUGGAUUGUCAUCAGGAGCUGUUCUUGCUGCUAGAUUUACUACUACUAAGACUUCUCCACAAGAAACAAACAAUACCAAACAUUAAGUAUCUUCAGAUGCACUAGUACUGGCACUAGUAGUAUGGAUGUCACCACAAUGUUCAGCACCAGCAGUACCACUACAUCAUGCCUGUUAACAGUGAUAUAUCCUUGUAGUGGGGAAUAUUAUGAAGAAUCAGCUGGUUGUUCUCCUCUCCCUCCUGCUAGGUUAUCCUCACACCAAUAACACAUAUCUAUGGUUUUGCAGCAUGGAUGGAGGAAUCCAUACAAUUAAGGAAAUUCUGUGAUAUCAUGGUUGCRAAUCAGCAGAGUAACUCUCACAAUACUAGAAGUGCCACCUGCAGGGUAGUAGUACUAGUAGUAGUAGUAGUAUGUCCAGGAAUAUCAUUACUACAUCAAUGUCAUUCUGUACUUCUUAUCUACAGUACAAACAGUAGCCACCAUGAGCUUAAAUAAAAAACAACAAAAAGAACAAGCAAGAAAGAUUUUGAUUGGUGAUGAACAGAUCUUUUGUUUCCAUUUGUAUCAGGUUGRUUAAAUGUACCAGUACAUCAUAUAAUUCUUGAACAAUUCCAUGUAYCUUCUUCUUCUCUCACAUAUUGCGUACAUGUACAAUUUGAGAGGAUGAUUUUGCUGACCUUUUGCCACUAAUUAUUGAGAGUUCAAUAUGAGUAGCUUUCCCAGCAGCAGAAUACCCAUCAACAGAGCUCUAAUUCUUGCCCAUUGCAACUACAUCCAAAUAUAUUUGUUCAACAGGAGCAUGAAGGCAAGAUUCAGGUCAUCUGAGCAUGUACUCAUCUGUCUUUCUGAAUAGUUCAGCGAUGGCAGCAAGCCACUCAUUGGUCCUGCUUGGUGCUCUAAACAAUACAUAUAUUCAUCAAUUCUGCUCAGCAUUGGUUUUGAUUGUUGAGRUGGUCAAAUUGGGGAAAGUUUGAGUAAAAUAAAGUGUUCUCUGUCUAAUUCUCUAUUCAUUGUUUUCAAACUAUGGGCUCUCCUCCYAGAUCUAAUAAUCACGGGCUUUGAGAAUGAAUUCCUCGGAGGAGAGCCUUUGGUAGGUACUGCUGGGUGCCCUAAGCAAUGUACAAGGCAUACCUGGAGAAAGCUUUUGAGAUCAUAUCUUUGCAUGUUUGGAUUUGGGGAGACAUAUACUACCAAUUGUUGCACCAACAACAAGCUAUGCCUGCAGCGCUUCAAAUAUUUUUUGUGAUUGUGCUGCUUUCGGGCGCGGCUCUUUCGAGAAUCCCUAUAAACAUUGGGAUGAACAACAAAGGCGCCCGAUCCUUAAUAAAGAUUUCUAGUGAUGGGUCUAUCAUCUGUAAGUGAGGUGUAUGCACCUCUAGAAGCAGUAAAACAAACCAUUAGGUUCUUUCAUGUUCCAUUCCAAUGUCGGAAUAUUUUAUUUGUGGCUGUGCUCCUUUGAGGAGUUAUCACCCAMUCUUCAGUCAUUUGAGAAAUAAACAAUUAACUAGCUCUGGCUGCAUAAUAUUGGCAGGCAUAUUUGAAGUGCCCGUGCACCAAAAAGGAAGCACAACUGCAGAUCCACGAAUAUUGUUCUUACGGAUGUCGAAAGACAUAAAAAGAUUUGAAAUCCCAUUUCAACCAAAGACUUGAAAUUCUUGCCCUUCAUCAUCUGAUGGUUUCCUUGGAUAUGACUAUAUAUAAUUAAUUGUUAGGAGGGUGUAUUGUAAACCGAUUUCUCUGGUGGUAGCGACGCGCUGUCAAGGAAGCUACUGCUCAACUCAAAAUUCAGUGUCUUCUGAUGAAACCUCUACCACUGGCUCCGUUGUUGCGUCGCUGUCAUCGAAUCCCAUUGCGAUCAUCCUGUUUUGAAUCCAUUUGUAAAAAUAGAUAAGACCGAAAAUGAUCAUGGGAUUCUUGGCCAAAAACGAGAGGAAUUUAAAUAGGGGGUUACGUCCCAUGUCUCCGAGUUCCAUCAAUCGCGGGGCUUCCGAGAUGGGAUGCCGUUCCGCGUCCUUCCAUUUUUGUACUGUGGCAGCGAUUUCUGCUGCGUCCCCGUUGGCUUUCAUGACAUCAUCGCGGGCCUCACCCCCCGAGAUGAACUCUCCGGUCUUGGCAUCGAGAAUGGCAAUGGAGGGAAUGCCGGUAACUUGGAGCAUAUUGGAGAGAUUUUGCUUGAUCUCAGCCGAUCCGUCCACCGAUGGAAUGGCCAACCARGGCAUUUUUUCGAACUGCGUUUCGCCAUUCCAAGUCGUUCGUAUCAAAUUUAAAAUGCAGUAWAAUAAUUCGUUAGCGAGACU